AUGAUUAUUUUCUCUCUAAACUUAAGAGGAGGAGGAAGCCGGGCCAAGAGGAAGAGAGUAGGCUACCACAUACAAAAAGGAGAUGUUGAUAUUUGUUUUAUUCAAGAGACGAAACUUAGUGGAUUGGAGAGUAAUGUUGUGAAAGAAUUGUGGGGUGAUAAUCAAGUGGAGUGGUCUUAUUUGGACGCUAAUGGGGCGUCGGGAGGCAUCCUUACUAUGUGGAAGAAGGACUCCCUCAAUCUUGUCUUUAGUUUUCGUGGUGAGGGUUUCUUAGGCCUUUGUGCGGAAAAGGAAGGUAAACUCAUUUACUUUAUGAAUGUCUAUGCUUCUUGUGAUUUGAACACGAGGAAGAGAUCGUGGGAGAGGAUUUGUGAGUUCAAAAACAGUAACGUUAAAGGCUCGUGGUGCAUAGGAGGAGAUUUUAAUUCUAUUACUUCGGUAGAAGAAAGAAUUGGGACUUCGAGUCAUAGCUAUAGGAGGGAGAUAAUGCUUUUCAAAGAAUUCAUAGAGGAAAUGGAGUUGGUGGAUCUUCCUACAAUAGGAGGCAAGUUUACUUGGAUUAGAAGUAAUGGCAAGUCUAUGGGUAGGAUCGAUAGAUUUCUUCUUACGGAUUGUUUCGUUGAGGAUUGGAAGGUGGAGGGACAAUACAUAGGCGAGAGGGAUGUGUCCGAUCACACGCCUAUUUAG